GCUCGGGAGGGAGGGAUGGGCACCCCGCGGGCCGGACGGCCGGACUACAGCCCCCGUCAUGCCGCGGCGCGGGCGGGCGGUGGCGGCGGAGCGCGCGUGCGCCGCCAGACGUGGCAGCAGCCGCAGCGGCGGCGGGUCCGGAGCGGUGCGGGCGGCGGCGGGAUGGCACAGCCGGGGCAGGGCGCGGGGACUGCGCGGCGCCGCGGGCGCCUCCCGCCGCUGCUGCUGCUGCUGCUCGGCCUGGCGGCAUUCUUGCCAGCAUUCGUGUACUCCUUGAAGGUGUCUCCACUCAUUGAAAAAAUAAGUGAUCACAAGGAUUUUAAGAAGCUUCUCAGGACACGGAAUAACGUACUAGUGCUGUAUUCCAAAUCUGCUGCUGCUGCGGAAAGCUCACUCAGGUUAUUGUCCAGCGUGGCCCAGGAGGUGAAAGGACGAGGUACUAUAGGCUGGAUAGACUGUGGUGAUACUGAAAGCCGAAAAUUAUGCAAGAAGAUGAAGGUAGAUCCUAAUACAAAGGAGAAGGGAGUGGAUUUACUCCAUUAUAAGGACGGUGCAUUUCAUACUCCAUAUAACAGAGCAGUCACAUUGAAGUCUAUGGUGGCCUUUCUCAAGGAUCCAGAAGGUGCUCCACUAUGGGAGGAAGAUCCUGAAGCCAAAGAUAUUGUGCAUGUUGACAGUGAAAAGGAAUUGAGAAGGCUUCUGAAGAAGGAAGAUAAACCCCUUCUGAUGAUGUUCUAUGCCCCAUGGUGUGGUGUUUGUAAGAGAAUGAUGCCAUCUUAUCAGCAGGCAGCCACAGAACUGAAGGGUAAAUAUGUUCUUGCGGGAAUGAAUGUUUACUCUGCCGAAUUUGAAAGGAUAAAGGAAGAAUUCAAUGUCCGGGGAUAUCCUACAAUCUGCUAUUUUGAGAAAGGAAAGUUCCUGUUCAACUUCGAGAACUUUGGUGCUACUGCAGCAGAUAUAGCAGAGUGGCUGAAAAACCCACAGGCACCUCAGCCACAGCCUCCAGAGACUCCCUGGGCAGAUGAAGAAAAUGUAGUUUAUCACCUGACUGAUGAGGACUUCGACAAGUUUAUAAAAGACCAUUCAUCUGUGCUAGUGAUGUUCCAUGCACCAUGGUGUGGACACUGUAAGAAAAUGAAGCCAGAAUAUGAGAAGGCUGCAGAGUUUCUUCAUGUAGCCAGUGACAGCCCAGGUGUCCUUGCAGCAGUUGAUGCUACGGUCAACAAGGCACUGGCAGAAAGAUUCCACAUCUCAGGGUUUCCUACUUUGAAGUAUUUUAAGGAUGGAGAGGAGAAAUAUACUCUGCCACACCUCAGAACAAAGAAGAAGAUCAUUGACUGGCUGCAAAAUCCUGAAGCACCACCUCCACCUGAGCCUGCAUGGGAAGAAAAACAGACUAGUGUUGUCCACCUUGCUGGUGAAGACUUCAGAGAGUCCUUGAAGAAGAAGAAGCACACUCUUGUCAUGUUCUAUGCACCAUGGUGUCCCCACUGUAAAAAUGCCAUUCCACAUUUCACAACUGCUGCUGAAGUCUUUAAAGAAGAUCGCAAGAUCGCCUACGCUGCAGUGGACUGUGCCAAAGGACAGAAUCACGACCUGUGUAAGCAGGAGGGGGUUGAUGGCUACCCCACCUUCAACUAUUACAACUACGGGAAGUUUGUGGAAAAAUAUACUGGAGAAAGAGGGGAGUCUGGAUUCACCACUUUCAUGCGAACCCUGAGAGAAAGAGACCAUGAAAGAGUAGGAAAGAAGAAGGAUGAAUUGUAGUUUCUGCCUCAGAAGAAGCUUUCCGCUGCACUGUGAAUGGUUCCAGGUCUUUUGUUGACGCACCUGAGACUUCACAUAUUCUCAAGACAGAGACUUUUUUUUAUAAACAGCCAUGGCCAUUUUGUACAAUUUUGAAAUAAAGUGAAACCACUUGAUUUUUAAAAGGAAAAUAAAUUAGAAUGUUGCCAUAACAUUUUAAAGAAAACUUAGCAUUUUCUCUCAUGUUGGGAGACUAUGCCCACUGACACUCCUAUGCAAUAUUUUUGUAGUCUGUAGUGUGUCCGUAGGUGAUGUUGUUUGUUAGGGUGAAUUUUUUUGUUAAGGUAUUGCAGUACAUGUAAAAAACAAAGGGUUUGAUUUUGUUUUGUUUAAAUCAGUGAAGGAAAAUGGGAUUUGUAAGACAGAGAUUUAUCAAAAUGCAGUUUUACGUUCUUCUGAAAUAGUUACAUGUUCUUGACUGAGAUUUGGGGGGAACAAUUUUAAGGUGCUCAGGGAUAAAUAAGAUAUCUGAGUUAACGAAGACAUUAACAUUGACCAGUCCAGAUCUGUUAAUGUCAUUUAAACAUCUCUGGUCUUUAAAUCAGAACUGUUUACAUACCUUUAUAAAAUGUAUUGAGUGAAUUAAGCCAAGCAUCAAAAAUAGCAGAGCAUGGGUAAAAUUAAACUAAACCCUCCUUUUUUGACAUCAGUAUUGUCAAAUGCAUCUGUAAGUUAUGGCAGGAAUUAUUAUCUUAUAGGGGUACAUGAUUACCCUUAUAGGGUACACAGUUUCUCUUCAAAUUCUGAUUGGGUCAUAUUAAAUAUGUGUUGGAAAGUGUAAUGUUCAACUGUUUUGAUAAAUGCAUAGUACUUCUGAUAAUGCAGUAAUUGUGUGUGUUACAUGUUUACAUUCCAAAAGUUUAUCUGCAUUUGUAGGAGGGAUUUUUUUCCUUUUUGCUCUUUAAAGAGUUGCACAAACAAUCUCUCUGACAGUCAUCACUGUAAAACCUGUAUCAGCAGCAGUUGAAAUGUGUUACACUCUUGAUGCUUAAACAACAAAAAAGUUUAUCUGGAGGUACUUAUGUCUUCACAGGAAGGGAGAGAGAGGGGCAGGAAGUUGUGAUUCACAUUGAACUGAAAAUAAAUUUUAAAAAAUACAAGUAUUUUUAUCAUUAA